AUUGGAAAGAAGAUGGGAACCCAAGUGGGGUGUAUGCCAUCCUCUUUCCCUUCUUACUUUCCUUUCCAGAAAAAAACAGAACCAACAACUAAAGUGCCUGGAAACUGAAGAAUUCUGUUCAUUCCUCUCAUGUGAUCAUUCUCCCUUUAUUUAUCUUCCUCUAAAGAGUCUUAAAAGUAUUGUCUUUCUUGGCUUAAUUAGUUAACUCCUUAAAACUCGGUUGUUCUGUCCUAUUCCAGCAACAAUGUCUCUGUUUGCCUCGUUUUCUCCUCCUUCGCCUGUUAUAAGCUGUUCAUGGCAAUUCCAUUAAUGGGUCCUCUUCGUUUUCUUUACUGAUCCUCAUAUAGGUCAGGCUUAUCUUGAUUGAAUCUCAAUCUAGUUUUCCCUGAUUGUCACUGAAAGUCGGAAACCUUGUUUUGUGUCUUUCACUUGUUUGUUAUAAUGCCGCCUUCAUACUUCCCUCUCAGGUGGGAGAGUACUGGAGACCAGUGGUGGUACGCAUCUCCCAUUGAUUGGGCAGCUGCAAAUGGCCUCUACGACCUGGUUAGAGAGCUUCUCCACCUUGACAUUAAUCUCCUCAUCAAGCUCACUUCCCUCCGCCGCAUCCGCCGCCUUGAAACUGUCUGGGACGACGAUGCUCAAUUUGGGGAUGUUGCCAAAUGCAGGUCUCAGGUCGUCAAAAAGCUUCUGCUUGACUGUGAAACAAAGGGAGGACACAACUCUCUGAUUAGAGCUGGAUAUGGGGGUUGGCUUCUUUACACUGCUGCCUCAGCUGGGGAUGUGGACUUUGUUAAGGAAUUGCUGGAGAGAGACCCACUUUUGGUCUUUGGAGAAGGAGAGUUUGGGGUAACUGAUAUACUUUAUGCUGCAGCAAGAAGCAAGAAUUCUGAGGUUUUCAGGAUUUUUCUUGAUCAUGCUUCUGGGGUGGGUGAAAGUGAAUCAGAUUUUAGGUGGGAAAUGAUGAAUAGAGCUGUACAUGCUGCCGCUCGAGGUGGGAAUUUGGAGAUUUUGAAGGAGCUUCUUGGGGAUUGCUCUGAUGUUUUGGUUUAUAGAGAUGCUCAAGGAGCCACUAUCUUGCAUUCAGCCUCAGGAAGAGGGCAAAUUGAGGCAGUUAAAGAGUUAGUUGCAUCCUAUGAUAUCAUAACCACCGCAACUGAUGAUGAAGGGAACACUGUGUUACAUGUAGCUGCAUACAGGGGUUACUUAGCCGUAGUUGAGUUUCUGAUAGCUGCAUCUCCUUCACUAUCCUCUCUAAAAAACAACUAUGGAGAUACUUUUCUUCACAUGGCAGUGUCUAGUUUUCGAACUCCUGGUUUUCGAAGAGUGGACCAACAGAUUGAGCUUGUGAAACAGUUAGUAAGUGGUAAGAUUGUUAAUGUGCAAGACAUUGUCAAUGUCAAGAAUAAUGAUGGGAGAACGUCCCUUCACAUUGCAGUCACUGAGAAUAUUCAGGCAAGCGUGGUGGAACUUCUAAUGACUGUUCCAUCAAUUGAUUUAAACAUCCGCGAUUGCAAUGGCCUGACUCCACUAGAUCUCCUGAAGCAACGGCCAAAAACAGCAUCUUCAGAAAUCCUGAUUAAGCAGUUGAUUUUGGCUGGAGGGAUUUCCCACUGUCAGUGUAAUAUGACCAGAAGUGCCACUGUAUCCAAUCUAAGAGGGCUGCAUGGUAUGGGAGGUAGUCCUGGAACUUCAUUUAGGAUUCCUGAUGCGGAGAUAUUCCUCUACACUGGUUGUGAGAACGUAUCUGAUGCCGAUUGUGGUUUGGAAAGUAUUGGCAAUGGUUCAAGAUUGAGUGAGUUCAGCGACUCUGACAUGGUUAAUUCAUUGGAUAAGAAGAAUUCUGGUUCAGUAAAUCAUGCUGCCAGGGGACUCAAGUUUCUCCUUCGGUGGCGCAAGAGGAAUGAAAAAAGUAAUGCAAACACUGACUUGAGAGAUCAGAAUGAUUCUUUUGAGACCUUCAACUUAUGCAGAAGUGUCGAGGGCUGUCAUAUCCCACUCCGACAAAGAUACUCAAAACAAUUGUCCUUCCUGAACAACAAAAGAACACUCUCUAGCAGAACUAGUUUUCCAAGUCCAUCAACCAGAAAGAAAUUUACCGCAGGGCUAAUGCAAGGCGUUUUUCAGGAAAUACCAUCUCCCGGUCCUUUCUCACAAUCAUCUUCGUCUUCGCCAACUUCAAUAGACAAGCAAAAGGGUGAUGAUCUUUCUGAAGUUUCUCGGUCAAAUCGUCAGUCAUGGAGCAAGAGACAAGCAUCAUUCAAUAAGAAGUUGAUGAACCAGUACUUUUGUGUUGGUGCACAAUGCCUGGCUGUGGAGGAUUCAAUACGCUGUGCACAGCCCAAUCCGAAAUACAAGCGGGCGACUUCUCUGGUUGCUUAAUUUGAUUACUCAAAAGAUGGAAUACUGGUUAAGACCCGAAUACCAUUGGAGAAAACAUACGAUGAUUGCAUUGAGCUUUGCUUUCUGGAACCUGAGCUUUCCCUGGCUUUGAUUUGGCAUAUGGUGUGUAUACAGAAUGUUAUUGCUGUAAGAAUAAUGUGCAAGAGAAUGAAUAUUAUAUAUAAAAAUGGCUCUAUGUGUUGAUUUAUCA